AUAUGACGAGAAUGGUCCCGACGCCAGUGUGGGUCCGCAAAAUGCGUAAAAAUCCUGCCUCUCUGUAUUUUCCUUCUCGUGUUUCGCCAGUGAUGCGCUGUCCCCCGGUUUUCCCCUGACGAGGCAUGUCUCCUCCACGCCACACCGCUGCCGUCUCGACGCGGCGCAGCUGAGCUGGAAGGUUGUGCGUGUUCGGCCGGCCCACCGUAGCCGGCGGCGGCUUGUGCUCUCACAUUCCUCCCAUGAAAGCCGCUCCUAGUCAUGAUUCAACCCUUCUGAGAUCCAUUCCAUGGGAUUUUCGUGUCUAACCGAGGUUUCCAGUUGUAUUUUCCUUUUUUCCUCUAAUGAGGACAAAUACACGGAUCUGACACGUUUCGUCGCUGCGCGUCUCUGAUUUUUGGGGUGAAUCUCAAGACGCGUCAAAGGUCUGCACAUGGGGGCGGGCAAAAGCAAGCCCAAAGAGCCGGGCCAGCGCUCCAUGAGCCUGGACGGCACCAUCGGCACUGGCUCGGACAGCGGGCACUUCCACCACCUGGGCCCGGCCCAGCAGACCCAGACCCCAAACCGGAGCCCUGCCGUGGGCAUGGGCAGGCGGGGGCACCAGGGGCAGCACCAGCCGGUCCCAACAAAUACCCCCGACCUCACUCCCUUCGGAGGGGUGGAUCACACGGGUUCUGUCACCUCACCUCACAGAGGGCCUCUGUCAGGCGGUGUGACUACAUUUGUGGCGUUGUACGACUACGAGUCGAGGACGGCGUCUGAUCUGACCUUUAGGAAAAACGACCGGCUGCAAAUAGUCAACAACACGAAAAAGUACAGCUUCAGAGAAGGGGACUGGUGGCUCGCUCGUUCACUGACAACAGGAGAGAGCGGGUAUAUCCCCAGCAACUAUGUGGCUCCGUCGGACUCCAUCCAAGCAGAAGAGUGGUAUUUUGGGAAGAUUACCCGGCGUGACUCAGAAAGGCUCCUCCUGAGCCUGCAGAACAGACGGGGGACCUUCCUGGUGAGGGAGAGUGAGACCACGAAAGGGGCCUAUUGUCUGUCAGUGCUCGACUACGAUAACACCAAAGGCCUGAACGUUAAACAUUACAAGAUCAGGAAACUGGACAGCGGAGGUUUCUACAUCACUUCCCGCACCCAGUUCACCAGCCUUCAGCAGCUAGUCUUCCACUACCGCAUGCACUCUGACGGGCUCUGCCAUGCUCUGACAGAAGUGUGUCCAGUGGCCAAGCCUCAGACUCAGGGGCUGGCCAGGGACGCGUGGGAGAUUCCUCGAGAGUCGCUCCGCCUGGACCUUAAACUGGGACAGGGCUGUUUUGGAGAAGUCUGGAUGGGCACAUGGAAUGGUACAACGCGGGUAGCGAUUAAGACCCUAAAGCCUGGCACCAUGUCUCCAGAGGCCUUUCUGCAGGAAGCACAGGUCAUGAAGAAGCUGAGGCACGAGAAGCUGGUCCAGUUGUAUGCUGUCGUGUCCGAGGAGCCCAUCUACAUCGUGACAGAGUACAUGAGCCAAGGUAGCUUACUGGACUUCCUUAAAGGGGACGCAGGGAAGAUGCUCCGCCUGCCGCAGCUGGUAGACAUGGCUGCUCAGAUUGCAGCAGGCAUGGCCUAUGUGGAGAGGAUGAACUACGUUCACAGAGACCUGCGUGCCGCCAACAUCCUGGUAGGAGACAGCCUGGUGUGUAAGGUGGCCGACUUCGGUCUGGCGAGACUGAUUGAAGAUAACGAGUACACUGCACGACAGGGAGCCAAGUUCCCAAUCAAGUGGACGGCCCCGGAGGCAGCGUUGUACGGUCGUUUCACCAUCAAGUCAGACGUCUGGUCUUUCGGUGUGCUGCUCACAGAGCUGGCGACCAAAGGCAGAGUUCCUUAUCCAGGUAUGGUUAACCGUGAGGUGCUGGACCAGGUGGAGCGCGGUUACAGGAUGCCUUGCCCGGCAGAAUGCCCCAGUUCUUUACAUGAGCUCAUGCUCUCGUGCUGGAGGAAGGAUCCAGAAGAGAGGCCAACGUUUGAGUACCUGCAGGGCUUCCUAGAGGACUACUUCACCUCCACAGAACCCCAGUAUCAGCCGGGAGAGAACCUAUAGAACCACACUGAAGCCAACACGGAGGAAGAGGAGGAGGAGGAAGAGCAGGAGGGGAAGGAGGAGAAGGAGGAGAAGGAGGGACCUCAGCACUGAACAAUCUGCACUAACUGACCCCAGAGGAGCCUCCGUUGGAGGAUCUGAGCCUGUGAAACUCUUUUGUGAGGAAGUUUUUUAGUGGAAGCAAAACUGAGAUAGAAACCUGCAGAAGUCCCGUUCGCUUUCAAUUUAGGAACUACGGCAAAACCACCUGGACAGCAUCGAUCCUUGCAAAGCUCACAGAAGAGGUUCAGAGCUGUAAAAGAACUCUUGCAGACGAUACUCUGGCUCAGACUGAACUUAGUAACUACUAAACCUGUGGAUAAAUGUUUUUACGAGGUGCGCCUAAUGUGGGAGGAACCAAAUCAGGAUCUAUAGGCAGAGCGAAGGGUAAAAGAAUAAACUUGCCGGAAUAAACAUUUCAGUUGGACAUGAGCUGUUUAGUGAAGUCUACCCUUUCCUUCCUCUGUCUCCCACAUCUUCAUCUGGUACCUUUCCCGCCCACAGAGGAGCUCUGCCGCUGUGGCUCAGGUGCCAAAGGAUAAUCCGUCUCCCUCAACGUCCUUUAUCUCAGCUCUGCCUCGCUUCCUUCUCUCUUUUCUUUUUUUUCCUUCCGUCUGACUUUUCAGUAUUUUUUCUCCAGUUUUUCUCAAGUGCUGCUUCUUCAAAGUGUCUCCAGAUAAUUCAGCUGUGGAACUCUACUUUGCAUCUUUAUCUCAAUGUUUACUUGGACAAUAAAUGUCCUGUGGUUCAAGGUUUUUGUUCAGUGACAGGCAAACCUUUCUGAUUUCACUUUAUCUCUAUUUUUAUUGAGACCAGAUUGUUCAAAUCCUUCAUCAUGGUUGUGCCAGGGUAAAUGUACUCAAAAAGGCAGGUUCUGCAAUGCUGAAAAUUAGCUAAUAUUAACUAACAUUUGAGGCCUUUCUCUCUUAUUUAAUCAUGCUGGAGCCAACGUCCAUUAAAAAAUACUAUUUUGAUGCAGGUAGUGUCUGAAUGCUUGUUUGAUUUGAAAGGAAUCUUGCAUUUGAACAUGAUCCGCACGGUUUCGGUAGCACUAAAGAGCAGUUUUAAUACAUUUCAGUUCACGUUCCUCGAGCAUAAACGGGGUGAUUUUCAUCAAACUUUUAUGCGACCUACUAAGAAGCCGAUUAAGGCUGCCAAGGAAGUCAAACUCAAGAUGGUGAAAAAAGGAAAAAAGAAAAAAGCCUUUUGUGUUUCGUGCCAAAAAACAAACAAACAAAAAAAGCAAAACUCAUUUCUCUACUGCUGUCCGUGUAUAUACUGUUUUACUAUCAUGAGGCUUUUAAUUGUCCAAGGAGCAAGUGUUUUUAAUCAUUAAUUUAAAACUCCCCAGUAAACUACAUGUUGGUGAGUGAACAGGACAGAAAACAUAACCGUCUGCUUAAGUACAUAGCUGGUUUUUCUUAACUUAUUACCCUUAUAAAAUAUGCAACCAGGCAGCCCUAAUGAAACUGUAAACCUCUGAUCAGGUAACCCUAAUAAAACUGUGUUUGACUUUAAUAUGAGUGCAUUUUGAAGCCAGUUAGCAUGCUUUUGUGCCGUUCUUCUCUUUAACAUUGGCUGGGUUUGUAUUUAUGCUGUACUGUACAUCAAUGUGUUUUUUUUUUUUUUUUAGGUCCAUAUUCAGUUUUAUUUAUAUAUAAAAUAGCAUACAAUUUUAUUAAAUUAAUAGCAUACAAUAUUAUUACAUUAAAAGAUGCUACUGAACACUCAGCAGUCGUCUAUUUCCUGUACUUCAGCAGCUCUUCUUUGAGUUUGUUUUUAUUUUAUUUUAUAACUCUAGGUCCAUGUGGGAUCAUAUACAAACUUCUGAACAUUUACUGCCCUCAGAUCAUGAGGUUUUUCUUUUAUUUAUUUAUUUUUUUCUUUCCCUCCUCAUGACUUACUGUCACGCUGUACAUACUGUUGCUCUUUACCAUGUCUGUCACUUUCAAACGGCAGUUAUUUACGCCGGGUGUCUCGCAUUUCACAGGGGUUUUUGGUUUGUAAGGUAGUUAAUAUACAGGAGCUGAUUUUAGAAGUGUUAGAUUGUCUAAACCAGUUACGUUAUUAUGAGCCAUGCAGCAAUAAGACGCAGCAGUCCUUGCCCGCCAACAUAAAUGAUCACAGACAAUGACAGCUUUUUAAUACCAAGAACCCUGAAACCACGAUGAGGAAGGAGUUCGGGCUGUGACGAUGAAGUAUUGGAUGAAUAAGAAGGUCAAAGAUGUAAAUAGGAUCCCAAACAAAUGACUGUGACUAUCAUGUGAUUUUUGUUUUUGUACAGGUUUUUUUUUUUUUCUUUCAUUCUGUCUCAAUGAGCAGGAUUGUAACACGAAGCCUGCUCCUGCAAUGUCCAAUCCAUGAUGAGAUGCUACUGUAGACAGGGCUGAAGGACACUUUUUUUUACCUUUAUGAAAUCCACGUUCAGUUUAAAACCUCAUUCUCUGCAAAAACAGCAACAAAAAAAAGAAAUAAAGAAAAAAACAAAACAAUAACAGAUUGGGCUUGAAAAAAAUGCAUGUCUUUCCGAGAACAUCAUUAGUAUCAGUGCUUUCCUCUUUUUAGGCAGGAAUAACCCUGCUCGCGUGAACACUCAGAGCCACCUGUGAAUUACCAGGAUGUUGUGGAAGUCGGAAGACUCGUGACACGUAUGAGUAACGCUGAGGUCACACUGGGUCUUACGCCAUAUAAAAGAAGUGUCUCAUUCUUAUGUGUUGUUUUUUUUUAUGAAUCUAUGCAGUUUCAGUCUUGCAUUCCUGCAACUUUAUGGCCAUUUUGUUCAAAAUUUAUGAUUAUAAUCAAAAGGUAUGAACAUUUUGUAAGGACUCCUUUUUUUUUUUUGUUCUGUUUUGGUGUAACAGGAUUGAAACUGGUAUCGUGCCACUUUAUGUUGAUCUUUAAAUGUGCAAUAAAUUAUAUUUGA